GUAGCAGAUGACGUGUCUGGUUUGUGCAGCAAAGUGUGUUGUUAAUGUUACAGUAGGGUCUCUCAUGCUAGCUAAGUAACCUGCGCAAACAUAGCUAGCUAAAUGUAUUCGGAGUGAUAUUUAUUUAUUUAUUUUGAUUUAAAGCAUCGUCUCGCAACAUUUCUUUGUCGAAAGAAGAGGAAAAUGUGGGCUUUUUACAAUAUGCCCACUCUUUGGAGGGUCUCAAUGUUACUUCUUUUUGAAGGCUUAACGUUACAGAGAGCCUCAAGCUUCUAUCUUCCGGGUUUGGCUCCUGUCAGCUUUUGUGAGAAAAAUGAUGCUGAAAAAGACCAAGUGCCGGACUGCAGGUCUGAAAUCGAGCUGUUCGUGAACAGACUGGAUUCCGUGGAGUCAGUGCUGCCAUAUGAAUACACUGCGUUUGAUUUCUGCUCUAUAGAUUCUGAAAAACGCCCCUCAGAAAAUCUGGGCCAGGUUCUGUUCGGUGAACGAAUCGAGCCGUCUCCAUACAAGUUUGAGUUUAAGAAGAAGGUGGAGUGCCAGCACGUGUGCACGAAGUCAUACGACACGGAGAAAGCCGAGGACCGAGGAAAACUGGACUUCCUGAAGAAAGGAAUGCUGCUCAACUACCAGCAUCACUGGAUUGUGGAUAACAUGCCUGUGACGUGGUGCUACGAUGUGGAGGAUGGGCAGAAGUUCUGUAAUCCUGGCUUUCCCAUUGGCUGCUACGUGACGGACUCAGGUCGGCCCAAAGAUGCCUGCGUUGUCAAUGCCGAGUUCAACGACAAAGACACCUACUACAUCUUCAACCACGUGGACAUCACGGUCUACUUCCACAUGGUUGAGAACGAGGCGGCAGGGGCUCGACUGGUCGCCGCGAAGAUGGAGCCCAAGAGCUACAAAUCUACCAAGCCUGAUAGUCCGGAAUGUUCCGGACCCCCCAUGGACCUGAGCAACAAGUUCAGCGGGAAGCUCCAAGUGCCCUACACCUACUCCAUACAGUUCAUCGAGGAAAAGACCAUCCGCUGGGCCUCUCGCUGGGACUACAUCCUGGAGUCCAUGCCCCACACCAACAUCCAGUGGUUCAGCAUAAUGAACUCUCUGGUGAUCGUCCUCUUCCUCUCGGGGAUGGUGGCCAUGAUCAUGCUGCGGACCCUGCACAAGGACAUCGCCCGAUACAACCAGAUGGACUCUGUGGAGGACGCGCAGGAGGAGUUCGGGUGGAAGCUGGUGCACGGGGACGUGUUCCGGCCCCCCAGGAAGGGCAUGCUGCUGGCCGUGUUCCUGGGCUCCGGCACCCAGAUCUUCAUCAUGACCUUCGUCACCCUCUUUUUCGCUUGCCUGGGCUUCCUGUCCCCGGCCAAUCGCGGGGCUCUGAUGACGUGCGCCGUGGUCCUGUGGGUGCUGCUGGGAACUCCGGCCGGCUACGUGGCUGCCAGAUUCUACAAGGCCUUCGGUGGUGAAAAAUGGAAAACAAAUGUUCUCCUGACAGCCUUCCUGUGCCCAGGGAUCGUGUUUGCGGACUUCUUCGUGAUGAACCUGAUCCUGUGGGGAGAGGGCUCCUCGGCCGCCAUGCCGUUCGGCACGCUGGUGGCCAUCCUGGCGCUCUGGUUCUGCAUCUCCGUGCCCCUCACCUUCAUCGGGGCCUACUUCGGCUUCAAGAAGAGCGGGAUGGAGCAUCCGGUGCGCACGAACCAGAUCCCGCGGCAGAUCCCUGAGCAGUCCUUCUACACAAAGCCCCUUCCCGGGAUCGUCAUGGGUGGGAUCCUCCCCUUCGGCUGCAUCUUCAUCCAGCUCUUCUUCAUCCUCAACAGCAUCUGGUCUCACCAGAUGUACUACAUGUUCGGCUUUCUCUUCCUGGUCUUCAUCAUCCUCGUCAUCACCUGCUCCGAGGCCACUAUCCUGCUCUGCUACUUCCACCUGUGUGCAGAGGACUAUCACUGGCAGUGGCGGUCCUUCCUGACCAGCGGGUUCACGGCCGUGUACUUCCUGGUGUACGCCGUGCACUACUUCUUCUCCAAGCUGCAGAUCACAGGGCUGGCCAGCACCAUCCUGUACUUCGGCUACACCAUGAUCAUGGCCCUCAUCUUCUUCCUCUUCACCGGAACGAUCGGCUUCUUCGCCUGCUUCUGGUUCGUGACAAAGAUCUACAGCGUGGUCAAAGUGGACUGAUCGGCUCGCCUUUCGGCCACGGGCCUUUCAAAAUGGCGCCCGGGCAUCUCAAAAUGGAGGAAUGUAGGCUUCCCUGGAUCCAAGCCUCGCUGUGAUUCGCUGGUACACACAAUAAGCUCCAGACUGUUUCCAAACGCAACGCAAUCGCACUCUUUAUCAUCCAGUAAGGAGUGCCAGCCGUGGUCAGCUUCAACAGUUCAAUAUGAAACGCCAUCUCAUCCUGCACUACCGUUAUAAAUAUGUCAAACUAGGUUUUUGUAAAUAUUACAUGUGAAGUGUAAUUAGCUUGCGAGCCUUUCGGCAUUGAUCGAUAGCAUUAAAGCACCAUCUACCCUUUGUGGCGAGUCUGGUGAUGACAUAAAUAUAAUUGUAAAUAUCUUUUCUAAUGCUGGAAAUUAGGCAAUGUGAAAUGAGUAUUACUGGAAUUUCUGUCUGUUUUGCGGGAGGACUGGCUUUUAACAUUUUUUUUAUUUCUGUUCCUAUAUUUAACAUGAAAAUACAAGUGAUAAGUCUGUUCGGUUCCUUAAUUUGCAUUAAUAAUUUUAUUGGUGUACGAAUUAUUGGGAUCAACGUCCUUUUUUAACUUAUGUUUCCGUCGCUUCCUUUACUUUGUGCGCGUCGGUCUCCUCAGGUGUACGCUGGUGUGUAAACCUGCAGUUAUGAAUGUUGUACAAAUCAUCGAAUGCUGCCGCAGUCCCGAUUUUUACUCUGAUUUCGCUGAAAGGUCCGUAGUCAUUAUGUGGGGAUUUCUGUGUAUAUAAUCUCAUUAAACACAUCGGUUUGACACGA